CAACCCUUCACUAUUUGCUAAGCUCUACCAUGAAAAUAUCUUUUCUUUUUUUCUAAUAAUAUAAUUAUUUUCUGUAAUAAAACCGUAUUUCUCCACAACGCGGCGUUUUCCCGCCAUGGUAGCUGAUGCUGAGGCUGUGGUAUCGGAGGCGACGACGCAGACGCAGCUGUUAGGAUCUUCUCUCGGCGGCGAAGUCGAUCCCUCCCGUACUGAUUGCUUGGACAAGACGAAGACAUUGAUAUGCGCUCUCAACAUCCUCUCUCGCAAUCUCCCUUUACCUAGAGAUGUCCUUGAUGCCGUCUGUUCUAUCUAUCAAGCUGAUAACGGUCAAGAAGAGGAUGUUAGCAUCGGCGGAUCUGGUGAUAAUGUAUCGGAGAUGAAGCCUUUGGAUGAUCUAGGGUUUACCACAGGGAACAUAUUAAGGAACCUCGAUAAUUCCUUGAUGAAGCAAAGGCUAAAUUGCAUGUCGGUUGCCAGAUUAGAUGAAACCAGGGACAAACGUUUCCAGAGUCAAAUCCAUAAUAGAUUGGCUGAACUUGAAGGAUUACCUACAAACAGAGGAGAGGAGCUUCAGUCAAAGUGCUUGCUUGAACUCUAUGGGCUAAAGCUGGGAGAGUUGCAGCAUAAGGUUCGUACUGAUGUGAGUUUAGAGCACUGUCUGCAACUAAAUUGUGCUUAUCCUGAUCAACAACUGUUUGAUUGGGGCAUGAUGCGAUUACGACGUCCUAUGUAUGGGGUGGGAGAUGCUCUUGCCUUGGAUGCUGAUGAUAACCUGAAAAAGAAACGGGAUACAGAGAGGCGAUCAAAGCAAGAGGAAGAGGAAAAGAAUUUUAUAGAAACCAAGAAAAGGAAAUUCUUUGCUGAAUUACUUAAUGCAGCUCGUGAACUCCAGUUUCAAAUACAAGCUAUACAAAAACGCAGGAAACAAAGGAAUGAUGGUGUUCAGGCAUGGCAUGGAAGACAAAGACAGCGCGCCACACGGGCAGAAAAACUAAGAUUUCAGGCUCUAAAAGCCGAUGACCAGGAAGCAUACAUGAGAAUGGUGGAGGAGAGCAAGAAUGAGCGACUGACAAUGCUUCUGGGGAAGACAAAUGAACUCCUACAAAAUCUAGGGGCUGCUGUUCAACGUCAAAAAGAUGCUGAACAUGAUAAGAUUAAUCCUUCUAAAGACACUGAAUUGCCUGAGUUUUCUGGUUCAAAGAGUGAGAUCCUUGUAGAUUUACUUCCUGAUGAACAUGCUGACCUUAUUGAUGCUGAACCCAUUGGGUGUCCCAAGCCUGGGGAUCUGCUUGAGGGACAACGUCAGUACAAUUCGGUUGUUCAUUCGAUUGAAGAGAAGGUAACAGAGCAGCCAGCCUUACUUCAAGGUGGGGAACUAAGAAGCUAUCAAAUAGAAGGGCUUCAAUGGAUGUUGUCUUUGUUCAAUAAUAAUUUAAACGGAAUUUUGGCUGAUGAGAUGGGACUUGGAAAGACUAUCCAAACCAUAUCCUUGAUUGCAUAUCUCAUAGAGAAUAAGGGAGUGGCUGGGCCUCACUUGAUUAUUGCCCCAAAAGCUGUUCUACCAAAUUGGAUCAAUGAAUUUUCAACAUGGGCUCCUAGUAUUGUGGCUGUUCUUUAUGAUGGGCGCUUAGAGGAAAGAAAGGUGAUACGAGAAGAGUAUUCAGGAGAAGGGAAGUUCAAUGUACUGAUUACCCACUAUGACCUAAUCAUGAGGGACAAAUCAUUUUUGAAGAAAAUCCAUUGGCACUACAUGGUUGUUGACGAGGGACACAGAUUAAAAAACCACGAGAGUGCUCUGGCAAAGACUCUUCUUUCUGGAUACCGAAUUCGUCGCAGACUUCUCUUAACUGGCACACCUAUACAGAAUAAUUUACAGGAACUUUGGGCCCUUCUUAAUUUCCUCCUCCCAUCAAUUUUUAACUCAGUAGAAAAUUUUGAGGAGUGGUUUAAUGCCCCGUUUGCAGACAGAUGUGAAGUUACACUGAACGAUGAAGAAGAAUUGUUGAUCAUCCGCAGAUUGCACCAUGUUAUAAGGCCAUUCAUAUUGAGGAGGAAGAAAGAUGAGGUGGAAAAAUUUCUUCCUGGAAAAACACAGGUUAUACUGAAAUGUGACAUGUCAGCAUGGCAAAAAGUAUAUUAUCAACAAGUCACAGAGGAAGGGAGGGUCGGGAUGCAAGUUGGAUCUGGGAAGUCCAAGAGUUUGCAGAACCUAUCAAUGCAGCUAAGGAAAUGUUGCAACCAUCCUUACCUAUUUGUCGGGGAGUAUAAUAUGUGGCGCAAAGAGGAAAUUGUUAGAGCAUCAGGGAAAUUUGAGUUACUUGAUCGAUUACUACCCAAGCUUAGGAGAGCUGGGCAUAGAGUCCUUCUCUUCUCACAAAUGACACGUCUAAUGGAUUGUCUUGAGAUUUAUUUACAGCUACACGACUUCAAGUAUCUGAGACUUGAUGGCUCAACGAAAACAGAGGAAAGAGGAACUCUGCUGAAGCAAUUCAAUGCUCCUGAUUCGCCUGUCUUCAUGUUUCUUUUGAGUACUCGAGCUGGUGGACUCGGUUUGAACUUGCAAACAGCAGAUACUGUGAUUAUAUUUGACAGUGAUUGGAACCCCCAAAUGGACCAACAAGCCGAAGAUCGAGCUCACCGUAUUGGACAAAAGAAGGAGGUUAGGGUUUUUGUGCUGGUCAGUGUUGGAUCGAUCGAAGAAGUCAUCUUGGAGCGUGCAAAGCAAAAAAUGGGCAUUGAUGCCAAAGUCAUCCAAGCAGGGUUGUUCAAUACUACUUCCACAGCUCAAGACAGGAGAGAAAUGUUGCAGGAGAUAAUGCGUAAAGGCAGUAGUUCACUAGGAACAGACGUGCCGAGUGAAAGAGAGAUAAACCGGCUGGCAGCACGAUCAGAAGAAGAAUAUUGGAUGUUUGAGAAAAUGGACGAAGAGAGGAGGCAGAAGGAGAAUUACAGAGCAAGGCUAAUGGAAGAUCACGAGGUACCGGAUUGGGCAUAUGUUCCGAAGGACAAAGACAGCAAAUCGAAAAGGCUGGAUAAUGAUGCAAGCAUAACAGGUAAAAGGAAGAGAAAGGAAGUGGUUUAUGCAGACACGCUGAGCGAACAACAAUGGAUAAGGGCUGUAGAAAAUGCGGAAGAUCUGUCGAGACAAUCUAGCCGUGGAAAACGUAGAGAACAAAAGUCUACUACUACUACUGCCGGUGAAUACACAAACAACAACAGCAGUAAUAAUAAUAACGCAGAGGUUGAGGAGGAGGAGGACGAGGAGGAUGAGCAGCAGACAGAAACAGCUUCUUCUCCGGUUAACGAGGGGACAAGCUUGAGAGGGAAAAAGGUGGAAUUUCAAGAUGGAGAGAAUAGUAGUGUCGAUCCGCUUGGGUGGAAACCUCAUAAGAGAAAGAGGUCAAGCUUUAACAUACAUAACAAUAAUUCUAGAUCAUGAAGGGACCAAACCAAUUCUCUUUUGUCAUUUUGGUUGUAUGAUUUUUUAACCAUAUGCAUGGGAGUGCUGUUGUGAUGUUAUUUAAAUAACUUAAAAAAGGAAAAAAUUAGACAUCUUUUUGUACUCUAUUAAACUAAUUCAUUGCAGAGUGGAUGGAGCACAUAUGUUAACAUA